UCACAUUAAAACUCCUUUCACUUUCAGAAAACAAAAUUUGACAGUGUCAUCCGCAAGCAAAAUUUAUUGUCAUUUAAAUAAAAACAGUUUUUUAUACAAAAAUAAUGGAGGCGUACGUAUGCCCGUACGGACUUUACCCUAUGAUGCCACCAGACCAGGGGCGUGGGGAUAAUGUAGACUAUUACAGCAUGCAACCUAUGAAUGGAAGGGAUCAUACAAGCUCACCAAAACACCGCACCAAUCGUCGAGACAAACGGUCCCGAAGCGCUAGCGGGUCUAGAUCUCGCUCCAAAUCUCGGACGAGAUCCCGGUCCCACUCGAGAUCUCGAUCCCACUCCUUGUCGAGAUCUCACUCUCAGUCGACACGUACUCGGAGUGUUCGGCGGGGACUCAAUUUCAGGGAUCCGAGCUUUCUGGACGCCUUUCGAGUAUUGUAUUUGACACCCAGCAACAGAACUAAAAAAAGUACGUCCAAGUACCUCGCAACGAAGAAGCGGCAAGACCACGUCGAGAAGCUUCUGAAGAUCGAUGGACUUGGUUCUAAGAGGUGGCUGUUCUACCCGAGAGCCACGACCACCACCAGCGAACCUGUCACUGGGGAGGUUGCAGGUGCAAGAGAUAACUCGGACCAGCGCAUCAAGAUCGACAGGCAGUUCUUCAGGAAGUACAAAAGAAGCAAGUCGGUCGCUGCCGUCGCUGGCGACGCGCCCAUAGCCAAACUCAUGCGCUGGGAACUUAUGUUCUAUAAGAAACUCGGCUUUGUAAGGACCGAUUAAGGUUGUACGUAACGUUUAUUUUAAUAAAUAGGUUUAGAGGAA